CCUGCGCGUACGGUUCUCUGAGUAUUCUUGACUUUGAAUGGAUAGACGAUCCGUGCUCCAUCUCGAAGGUGUUAAUAGCAAUUGAGCUCCUUACCCAAAACUGCUCAACCGAGCAACGCGCUGCGGCAAUCAUAUCGAAUCUAAUUCAUCUCAACCGCCUCAGCAAAGUCCUAUACUAAUGAGCUGCCCCUGGUCGCAUUGAUUUGGAAGUAGCAGCGGAAUUCUCUAGCAUUCCAUUAUGCGUCUCCACUUAACAAUCCAGCGUCACGGCUUGCCCGUGACGCGCAUUCUUUGGACGACGUCUCCUCACUCUCUAUUCGGUCCCAAUGCGUCGAAUGGCUCGCCCAUGAUUCCCGCUGCUGCGUCUGCAAUUACUUCGACGCGUUUACCUAAUGCGCUAUACUCAAAUGGUGGAUACACGUUUGCACAGCUACUGGAAGAUGUGAACGAGGUGAUUCCGUUGGAGACGGAAUCGGUCCAGUUUGACGAAGAGUGCAGUGGACAGUGGGGUCUUGAAGAUUAUGUGGUCGAAGUGGGUGGCUCAGAGUGCCUACAUUUUAUGGAGGUGGACGGCCUAUUGCGCGACGGCGAUGAGGUCCUAAUCCGUGCGCUGCAGAUUGAAGAUCUUCGGGCCAGGCGGCUUUCCGGUCGCCAUCAGAUCUCCGGAGAUGGCAAACACCUCAUCGAUGGCGUUCCCUUCGGAAAGCCUUUCCUGAAAAGACCUACUUCGUCCAGGCCUGCAAUCACGAUUCCACCUAGAAAAAAACGACGGACUACAAUCGCAGGGUGGGAUUACGGGGUACGCUACGAUGAUGAUGCGGAUUGGGAACCACCCAAGCGGCUUCUUUCCAACGUGGAAGUCGAUGCACUCAGGAACAGUGGUAAUUCCGAAGGGGAAAAGGCGGAAGGGCAUGGAACUACGUUUCAGGAUGACUUCCAGGAUUAUCAUGAACCUGAGGAUGAUGAUGAUGGAACAGUCAUCCGCCACCCCGUGGACCAGGAAUCAGAGAGUGAUUCUGACAUGUCUGAUACCCGAGAGGGCGAACUUGAGGAGGAGUUGAAGGCUCUCGCAGAGGAUUCAGAAGCCCCUCCCAUCACCAAACCUGAAGACCAGGUCAAGCAACAGACUGAGUCUGCGCCCCGUGCUCUCCGCUCCGGGCCUAGGACGCCCUCGACAACACCGAAAAGAGAUGCACCUAAGGUUAUUCAAAGUACCUCAACCCCGGCUGACUCACGGACGGAUGCUAAGGUGGUUCAAUUUGAGGACGAGAAGCCAGCCUUGAAGCCCGAAAGCAUACUUGUGAGCAAGGCGAAGUCACCUUCCGUGAGUUCGGCUGGCUCUGUCGCAGACGACAGCGACAGCAGCUCACUCUCGACCGACUCUAGUGGUGUGAGUGACUCCAGCUCGGAUCAAGACUCGUCUUCGGAAUCAGGUCAUUCGCUAUCGGACUCAGAUGACUCAGAUGAUUCAAAUGAGUCUGAUGAUUCCGAUGAUUCCGAUGAUUCCGAUGAUUCAGAUGAUUCAGAUGAUUCAGAUGAUGAGUCUACUUCGGAGUCUGAUGAUUCAAGCGCAUCAGAAUCGGAAGACGAGGAUAUUUCCGACUCAGACACUAGCGUUGAGGCCCCCAUCAAAAAUGCUCCGCCCGGAGCAGGAUCGUUGCGGACCAAAAAGAGUAAUCAACGUAACAAGAUGCGUCGCCGACUGGCAAAGCUCAAAGAACUUGGUGCUUUACCCGCGCAAGCUGAUUUCGCGGCCCUGCGGGAAUGGGAGGACGUGCAUGGGUGCGAGUAUUAUAUCCCCGAAACCAAGCCUGAGCCCAAAUCCGAAACCAAAUCCGGAGCCAAAGCUGAAGUCAACUCUAAAACCCGAGGCGACAAGAAGGAGCAAGAACGCGCAGAAUUCGAAGCAAGACGCCAGAAACUGCUCCAGGAUCUGGCAGCUGGCGGCGUCGACGUGUCAGUCACUCCGGAGACGGAGAAUGUGCCGCCCCAUGAUGAGAACAAGCGGAAUACACGUUCUGCAAGGGACGUCUCUGUGAAUGGUAACACAGACAGCGAUUCGUCUAAGAGGCGUACUUUGGAUGUUGCUAGCUCUCGGCGAAUGCUGUUUGGCUCUCUUGGAGUGAGAGCUCCGCGCAACAAGGAAGACGAAGAUGCGACGCGGAGGAAGCUUGCUGCAAACAUCACCCAUAUUCCAUCUCGCAAGUCCGUAAGCCAAGACGCAGAGACUGGGCAUGAAAGUGACGUGGAGCAUAACUGGGAGGAAAGGUUGACCAUCAGAGCUACCGAAUGUAUCUACGACGAUAUUGAGCUGACGGCGCCACCUUUCCCAUUUGAGCAGCGCUGGGAUCACGAUGCCAGCAACAUUAUCAGGCAACGCAAAGGCCGGGGCAAGAAGAGGAAGCGGCGCCAACAGCUUCAAGUCUACGACGCGGGGGAGGAAGAUUAUGGCAAUUGGGAGGAUAGUUACUUUGACGGAGAUGACCAGCUCAAUUAUGAUGACACGGAGCAGCUUAAUGGGGAGCACCAAGCAGAAUAUGAGGCUGAGGAGCCAGCUGAGGAUCUGCCUGUCCUGCCCGCUAAUCACCUCACCCUUCCAGAUCUCUCCGAGGAUCACCUACAGCGGGCGUCUGUAAUUGCUUUCAAGCAAUUGGACCUCUCUAAAGCCACAAACUGGCAGCCCACCGUGUCUGAGUAUCGGGUGGCUGAGAUACACGAUGUUUACGAGGACAAUAUUCUCAAGAUCAGGCUCGCCAAGCGUGACAGAAGACAAAUCGCCGAUGUCGACCCGGAUGAGGUGGGAAACGAUAAACCAUAUUACACCGGAUUUGAAAUGCCUGGUCUCGAAGAUGAUGCGGCGGAGGACGAUGGCUUCCGCGAGCUUUCCUUUGCCGACUUCAUUGAACCCAAGCUUCUCCGAGCUGCGCCCGCUGCAGGAACUGGGGAUGCUGAGAAACCCAGCAUCUCCCACGCAGCAGAGGAGUCCACCACGCCGAAGAUCACGACUCCGGCUCGAAUUGAGGCCACGGCCGCGCGCGAUGGCGACGAAGAUGGUCAGCGACCAGCCCCCGCUGCGGGAGAUAAGCCGGCUGACUCGGGACCUAAUAAGCCUAUCCUCCAGGAGAUCGUAAACUCCUCGAAGAGUCUUGCAGGCGAUUCCAGCCCCGUUCUGUCCCCCCAGUUUCAUGGAUUCCAGUCCCCACCCCCAACCGGUUGCGCGAAAAAGGCCUCGGGCUCGGCAUCCAACCUCAUCGCCGACGCCGAACCAAUCCCCGAUGGCGGUGCUGACCGUCAACCCGACGUGCUUCUGCCUCCUGACAAGAACUCUCCCAAUACUCUGGACUCCCCGCAGCGCCCUGACGGCGUCAACCUCGGUCACGCUGCAGAUGCGUCUAAUGACGAUCUCCAGAUGAUCAGUAGCCCGCUCAGUGUGUUGUCCUUCAAUCAGCUGAUGAACCGGUAUUUCCCAGCCAAGCGGGAGAGGAGUGAUACUCCACCUUCCAACCAGCAAGCCCAGGGAGAAGAGACCCGCCCGUCCUCACGUUCGUCGAUCAGUAGCAUGGUUCCGAACCCGUUUUUUGAGAUUGACAGAGCUCGAGAAGAAGGUCAGCAGGAGCUCUCGUCGCAGCCAUCGGAAGGCAUUGGGGUUACUGCGGGUGAUACCACACUAGAUCUCCAAUCUUUGAUGGGAUCGUCUUCCACGCCACCGUCAGGCCAACGAUCCGUGCAGAAGAAUUCGAAGUGGAAGGGCACGGAGGACUCUUCCCUGAUUAGUGUUAUUCCCGAGAGCAUGAUUCCACCGGUGGUGCCUCAACCCAACUCCCCAGGAACCCCAGGAUCUGAGCCCAUUGUGGUGGAUUUGACACAGUCCAGUCCCCCGGUGUCGCCCGGGGGCAGUGACAGGGACUUCGGCCGAUCGCAGCGGCUGCCGCAAGGACCUGGGUGGGUGCAGAAACACGUACCUCCCACGCAACGCCGUACCCGACAGUCGCUGGCCAGGCUGCGGGGGAAGUCGCGGGAGGGAUUAGGCUUGGAGUCGAAUCCAUCGCGUUGA